AUGGCUUCUGUAAGCAGGAAACGACCUAAUAGUAGAUCAGGAGAUUCAUCACCUGAUAAAAUACGCAAACCAGAAAAAGAUACUUCAAAAAAAGACAACAUUUUGCAAAAAUUUGAAGAUUGGUUUCAUCAGAAGCAUGGAGCAAUAAAUGUAAGACAUCUAUACAUGGGAGAUGCCUGCUCAAGUACAGAAAAAAUAGAAAAGGGGACAAGAGUCAUUGUUUCCGUUAUUGAGAGUGAGAAAGCUAUUGAAAAUGAAGAAUACCAAUGUGAUAGGGAACACUUCACUGUUGUUUAUAAACUUUGGGGAGAAAAUUCAGUCUCGGAAGAAACGGAGGAAUAUGAAGAGCAUGGUCAUGAAAAGAUAAAAGAAAUCACUAAGUACCUGAAAAAAAAUGCAGAUUCAAUUUUUAGAAAACACUCAAACCUGGAAAUGAUCCGUGCAUCACGAUUUCGAAUAAAGAAGAACAAAGCAAAGAAGAAAAAGGCCAUAUUUGAACCCUGUAUAGCUAUAUAUUGUUCCUAUAAAGGUGUUGUUCCCGUCGGUGAAGAAGAAUUUCCUACAAAAUUGGAUGGAUUCGCUACAGAUAUAAGGGAGGGGUUCUUUCAUUUGCAUGGCAACUACGAUAUUUGUGCCAACUCAAUAGAUCAGCUUGAUCCCUUACGAAUGGGUGCAAGCAUAUCAAGGGAAAGUGGCGGAGGUGGACAAGGAACUCUUGGUGGAUUCGUCCAGUUGAACGAUGGUGAAAUUGGAUUCAUAACCUGUGCCCAUGUUUUGCAUACUGCAGAUGAAAUGUUGAGAAAUCCUUCUAAUUUGCAAUUUCCUGUUGUUCAACCAUCUCUAUGCUAUGAAGGAUCCCAAAGGUGUGGUAAUAUUUUUAAGUCAGCUUUUCCUUCCUCUACCAUCGUAGACGGAGUUAGUGUUGAUGCAGCAGUUGUCAAAUUAACAAAUCGGAUUCCAAAGAAAGCAUUACUUUCAGAUCUGACGACGGCAAGACUUAAAAAACUCGGUUUUUCUAGAAGCAUGCUUCCAAAGUUUUGUUGUGGUAAAAUACGCUCUGGGGAAGAAUCACAAGAUCAUCCGCAUGAGGGAGUCUUGAAAUGUGGAAUGGUGUCUGGAUUAACUCUUGGAAAAGUGGAACAAGGAGAAAUCUUCGCCAGAUACCGAAAUAUCCCACUCUACGAUGAUCAACAACGCAUUUCAACCAUGUAUAUGUCACAACUUGUUAUACGUGGUAUACGGAAUACUCCUUUCUCUUUAAAGGGAGACUCUGGGGCUCUAGUGUUUCAAUAUAGCGAUGUCAAUGAUUUGCGGUGUAUAGGUAUGAUAGUUGGUGGGGGUGGGGAAGAAGGUUUAUCAUAUGCCACCCCAAUUACAUCUGUCCUUGAAGCGUUGAGUGUGACACUCAAGGAUUUUUAA